AAAGAAUGUAUGGAAGAGAUAUGCAUAAAAAGUUGAUUUAAUUUAAAAGGCAUUUUACCAGUAAAAACCACUUAAAUAUCAUCCCCUCUCUCUCUCCAGCUUCGACGCGAACAAGCCAUUCUCCUCUCUAUCGUGUUUGCAUCCAGAAUUUUUCUGUUACAGGAGCUGUGAGAUAUCAGUAGCGGCAACAGAAAAUGCCAGCCCAGAAGAUUGAAACUGGUCACAAUGACACAGUUCACGAUGUUACUAUGGACUAUUAUGGAAAACGUGUGGCUACAGCAUCUUCUGAUACCACCAUAAAAAUAACUGGUGUGAGCAACAAUGCUGCUUCGCAACAUCUUGCUACUUUGAGUGGUCAUACCGGCCCUGUUUGGCAGGCUGCCUGGGCUCACCCCAAAUUUGGCUCAAUCCUUGCGUCCUGUUCCUAUGAUGGUAAGGUAAUAAUCUGGAAGGAAGGCAAUCAGAAUGAGUGGACACAAGCUCAUGUUUUUAGCGAGCACAAAUCAUCGGUUAAUUCCAUCUCCUGGGCUCCUCAUGAACUUGGGCUUUGCUUGGCUUGUGGUUCGUCUGAUGGUAAUAUUUCAGUGCACACCGCCAGGUCAGAUGGUGGUUGGGACACUACGAGAAUAGACCAAGCUCAUCCAGUUGGGGUAACAUCAGUUUCAUGGGCGCCAUCAAUGGCUCCUGGUGCUUUAGUUGGUGCAGGUGUGCUUGAACCUGUUCAAAAGCUGGCAUCUGGUGGAUGUGAUAACACUGUUAAGGUUUGGAAGUUGUAUAAUGGUGUUUGGAAGAUGGAUUGCUUCCCUGCACUUCAGAUGCACACUAACUGGGUGAGAGAUGUAGCUUGGGCACCAAACUUGGGACUUCCAAAGUCAACAAUUGCUAGUGCUUCAGAGGAUGGUACGGUUGUCAUAUGGACUGUGGGAAAGGAGGGAGAUCAGUGGGAGGGCAAGGUUCUUAAAGACUUCAAAUCUCCUGUUUGGAGAGUCUCAUGGUCUCUUACCGGAAACUUGUUGGCAGUUGCAGCUGGGGAUAACAAUGUCACUUUGUGGAAAGAAGCUGUUGAUGGGGAGUGGCAACAGGCCUCCACUGUUGACCAAUAGAGAGCUGGAACUUGGGAAGUAAUAGAAUUCAAGUUUUUGUGUUAUCUUUCUACCAUUCAGACCUAUUUCCUAGCUGAGGCCUGAGUGAGAGUUAGCCCUUUACUUAAGGACUGUUUACUUCGAUUUGAUUCUUCUCCUUUUACUCAGUAUGCAUUCAAUUUCAGUUAAGCUAUAGACCUUUUUCUUUCUGCCUGUUUUGUGCAUGCCUUUUUAUGUUGAAUUUUGAAUAUACUUGGUGAUUAAAUGUGUCAGGUUUUAUUAUAUGACCACUUUUUGACUA